GAACAGCAACUGCGAGUGUGCACCGCAACUGAUGCAAGAAAGACGAGUAUUAAACCCAUAAAGUUUUACCAAUCUGAGUUAUUGAAUUAUCGCAAUUAGUCAAAAUCUCAUCUGAGACGCGCAAGAACAUGCUUCCGUGGUGAGCUGGCGCGUGUCCUCACCUGUGGCGACGGUUUCCCCCGGCAGCGGAGUGCGUGUGCGUGGGUGCCGGCUUUUGGGCUUUCUCUUUGCAUUAUUUCGCUACUGCUUAAAGCGGCCCGAGGCCGAACCUCUGGGGCGAAGCGGCCCGCCGCGGCGCCGGUUUGGAAAAAAGGCCACCUGGCAAGCGGUGAUGAACAACGUCGGCGCCAUGAAGUUGAUCGAGCAAGCCGAAAUGUCGAUCAGCGAGGGCGACGGACAUGAUGCGGCUGGGCGGAGACUCGGGCGAUUUUCAAUGGGUGCGCGCGGCGCGCACUGCCCCGCCGGAACAGCGCCGCCCAAACGGCUGCGCCAACCUGGCGCGCGCGCGCGCCUGCCCUAAUUCGCAGGCCGCGCCGCCCUGGGUGUCCGCUAUGCUUACGAG